UUUAUUUUUUAAUUUUAAGUUUAAGGCUGUUCUCAAAUAUUCUGUUUGUUGUUGUGUUUUUGAAUUUUAAUUUUAAAAAGAAUUCUUUGCAAAAAUUUCAUAAACCCCAUCCAUAAAUUUGUUAUCAUAAUAUCUGAUUGUGGAAUUAAUUUUACACCGUAAAAGACAGGAGCUAUAAUAUUAUUUUAUUAAUAAUACGUAAAGUCACUUAUUGGGAAUAUUUUUAUCCAUAAAAAUAAAAUAUGGGUAAACGAUACUACUGUGAUUAUUGUGAUAAAACCAUGGUAUCUGCAUCUUCUGUAAUACGCACUCAUUUUAAAGGAUCGUUUCAUCAAAAAAUGGUCAAUGAACAUUAUCAACAAUUUAAAGAUCCAGAAACAAUAUUAAAAGAGGAGGGCAACAAAAAGCCAUGCCACAGGUUUCUCCGAGGCGAAUGUAAUUUUGGGGCCAUCUGUAAAUAUUCUCACUACACUCCAGAUCAAAUUGCUUCUAUGAGAGAAUAUGUCACAGCCAAAAACAAUCUAACUGACUCUGCUCAACCAUCGUUCGAAGACCUCUACCAAAGACUACAGAGUGAAAAAUCUAGCAAAACCAACUCGGACCAACAAAAUACUGUAAUAUUUGACAUCUCUGGUGUUACCCAUGUGCUGCCUUGGACUUACAACCCUUUAUUGGACAGCUGUGGUGAUCUGCCCCCGAGUAUAAGAAGAUUAAAAAGUGAAGAUUUCGUCAAUGCUUGUUUUAUGGAGUGGGGUUGGAAAUAAAAUUUAAUUAAAUA